UGAGACCACAGCGCGCAAUUGCGGAACCAAAGCGGCUGCCCAAGCACGCGCUCCUUGGAACGCCGCAGAGCACACAGCGCUUGACGCUGCCCUCGGUGACACCGCGUAGCAGCCGUCGCUGCCCCUGAAGGGCAAGUCAUGCGAACACCAAUGAGUGCACGCGUCGCGCCUAUGGAGCAGGCGCCGGCGCCAGCGAUGUUGGUCCCUUUGGACGCACCCGGCGACCAGCGUUUGGCGCUGGGGCUGGACCUGCGAGCCGACGAGGUGCGAUGCGUCGCGCUCUGGCACGACGGGUCGAUCGUAGCGCCGGCGGUCACGCACCGCCUGGAGAACGUGGCCCUGCUGGGCGCCGUCGCGGCGCUGGCGAACGCCGCGCGAGCGUACGUUUCUGAUGUGGGUCGCGCGUGGGCGGACGUCGCCUGCGUGGGCGUCGCGCCGCCGGGCGAGGUCGAGGAGGACGUCGUGACGGCGCCGUGCUUCGGCUGGGUCGCCGCGCCGCUGCGACGCGCGCUCGCGGACGCGCUCGACGUGCCGACGGCGCUCGCGCGGCGCGCCGAGGCUUCUCUGUUGGCGGAGGCGCGGCCCGGCGGGGCUGCGGCGCCACGCGAGGGAGAUGAAGGGUCGGCGGCGUUGCUUGCAUUGGGCGACACCGUGGAAGGCGCGCUCGCGCUGAAUGGUCAAAUCAGAAACAUGGACGCCGCGCAACUGAUCACAGACGGGACAGCGGAAACGCUGGCCGCCGCGUGCCUCGCCAUCGCCGCGAUCGCGGAUCCGGACGUCAUCGUCGUCGCGGGAAUCACGCCGGCACUCCACCGUGCCACCGUCGACGCGGCGUCGCGGUCGCCGGUCUGGAUCGCGAGCGGCCGCGCGGCGAUCCGCCUCGCGCUGUGCGGCGACGACGCGCUGGCCGUCGGCGCCGCGGCGAAGGCGGCGACCUGCUUGGAAGACGACGACGAGCCGAUGGAAACGGUGCGGGAGAUGCGGGCCGCCGAGACGACGACGACGCCCGAGCACGUGCCAAAGUACUUUCUGCGCGCGGCGACGGAGGAGGAGGACGCCGGUGCGCUGGUUGAUAUAUGCGUCAGGACAGGGGGCGCGGGCGGCUCUGACGCCUCGGCCCAGUUCGCGCGCGACCCUGGCAUCCUCGGCGAACGCUAUGCCCUGCCGUACCUACGCCUCGAACCGGAGCUCUGCGCAGUCGCCGUCGAGAGCGAGACCGGCUACAUCGUGGGAUACGCGGUCGCUACUUUAGAUACGGGCGAAUUUUGCGCGCGUAUCUGUGUGGAAAUCAAGCAGUGAGUGAGUUAGGUCAUCGCCGUCGAGCCGACGCGGUCACGGGACGUCGUGUCGAUGGCGUGGGGCGCUUGAAAUUUCAUUCCCACACAGGCCCGAAUACAGCUGGAAUACCUACCGGGCGUGCGAGACAGGUAUCCCGAUCCGCACCAAAAACCGCGCGCUGCCUGGAGCGCCGAGGAUCUCGUGGCCAGGGACCUGCACGAUCCACUGUGCGGUCGGCCGCCGCGGGGGCUGGACGACGACUUCUACGCGGCGCACCUGCGCGUGCACGUGCUGCCGGAGGCGCGGCGCGCCGGUCUUGGCACGCGCCUCGCGACAGAACUGCUUGGGCGCUUGAGAGAAGCGGGCGCGCGGGGCUGCCACGCUGCCGUCCCCGCGGCGGACGUGCGCGCGCGGCGCUUCGCCGAGUCCCUCGGCUUCCGGCCGCUGCCGGCGCCGGGAUACUUCGGGUUCGCGUUCAACGACGAUGAUCCGGGCGUCGCGGAGACGAAAGCGGAGACGCCUGGUUCCGCGGUUCGUGGCAGCCGGCGGGGCGUGGCAUCUUGGGUCGGUAGCAGUGGCGGGUUGCUGGGGGCCGCCGCGGAGCGAGCGUACCACGAGACGCCUGCGAAAAUGAGCUUCGGGGCCGCCGCGAUGGCGUCCGCGAUGGCGGCGCGCGCGCGAGUGACAUAAAUGUGA